AGCAGCGACAGGCACUAGCAAAACGCUAACGCGGAGAGUAGGUUGUAGCACCCAUUUUUUUACACAUGGAAGCAAGAGUCGUCAGGUAGGUAGUGACCACACUCCUCCGUGCCGUGCUGGUAAGUAAGUACCCUUUCAUCUCACCAUUGUUCCCCCUAAUUAUCGUUCCCUAGCGACAGACUUCACGACCCCUCUACAAAAAAAAUGGGCAUCCUUGAGAAAAUUGCCGAGAUUGAGGCCGAAAUGGCCCGCACCCAGAAAAACAAGGCGACAGAAUACCAUUUGGGGCUUCUCCGGGGGAUAUCAAAUGCAAAAGUGUCUGGGUCUGGAAGAAUGCGCGAUUUGUCAUGCAGCUUUUCCAUGACCCAUGAGGUCUGGAAUGCAGGACCUAGCAUGACAGAUUCUGCGCGACCUCUCUCAUGCCUAUCCUGCAUGAGAAACUCCCUGGCGACUUGGUCAAAACUGGACGACUUUGGGUAAUCAUGCAACACAGAUUUUUGCAUGCUCCAGAUUUAGCACGACAAGUUGCAGUCUUCCAGACCCAGACAUUUUGACAUUUGAUAGGGGAAGCUCGCAAAGCUGAAGACCCAGCUCCUCGAACCCUCUAAAUCCGGCGGCACGCACGCGGGCUUCGAAGUGGGGAGGUACGGAGACGCGCGGGUGGCGAUCAUGGGUUUUCCCUCGGUCGGAAAAUCCUCCCUGCUCGCGGAGCUUACCGGGGUAAAGUCCGAGGUUGCCGCGUAUCAACUGUAAAAAUGUCUGGGUCUGGAAGAAUUCACGUUUGUCAUGCUUGUCUGGCAUGACUCUUAAAUCUGUCAUGCAUGUUACCCAAGAGCUCCGUUUUUCUGUGAUGCAGAAGCGCAGUUUGUCAUGCAGAAUAGGCAACACCUAGGAGCUCAGAAACUUGCCAUGCUGAGCCAGCAUUUGUAGCGUCAUCAUGAGACGCCACCCAGCAUCACAAGUUUCCAGACCCAGACAUUUUUACAGUUGAUACCGCGUACGAAUUUACCACGUUGACCUGCAUCCCCGGGGUGAUUUACCACAACGACGCAAAGAUCCAGCUGCUCGAUCUUCCCGGAAUCAUCGACGGGGCGGCGCAGGGGCGGGGCCGCGGCAGGCAGGUGAUUUCCACGGCGAAGUCCGCGGAUUUGAUUCUAGUAGUGCUCUAUCAAAUGCAAAAAAGUCUGGGUCUGGGAAGUUGCGAGAUUUGUCAUGCUACUCCGGCACGACUUUGAACUCUAUGUUGCGUCACCGCAAGGAGCUCCUCUUGCCUGUCAUGCAAAAACGCAGUUUCAUCUCAUGCGGAGUACGCAACUCAGAACCAAGGAAAAACUUGUCAUGCUUGGCAGCGCAUUACAGUGUCGUGUGCUCACUAUUCCCUUCCUUGCAUCACAAGCUUCCAUACCCAGACAUUUUUGCAGUUGAUAUGCUCGAUGCGACCAAGGACGACAGUCAGAAAAAGCGGUUAGAGGCGGAGAUGGAAUCCGUUGGCAUUCGGUUGAACAAAACGCCGCCGAACAUAAAGGUGACGAAGAAGCUAUCUUUUGCAAGAACGUCCCCGUCCCCAGCCCGGAGUCAAGAUGGCGACUGUGCUACAGAAAGCAGCAAGUUUUGGCUGUUGCGCAUGACAAGUUUGGGUCUCUGGUGUAGUCGUGGCUGGCUAGUGAAGCCACAACAGAAAUGCAGCGCCUCAUCCUGAUUCGAGCAUGACAAAGUCCCAGGCAGCAUAAGAAAAUCAAAAUGCUCCUCAUGGGGUUGCGCAUGAGAAACAUUUUAGGGAUGCCAUUUUGCAUGACAACUCCGGGCUGGGGGCGUUUUUGCACAGGAUAGAAGCCGGCCGGGGGGGUCCGGAUCAACGCCAGUUGCAAGCUAUCCUGUGCAAAAGUAUCGUACUCGUAUCGCAAUCAUGCAUUACAAAUUUUUUUCUAAAGGUAAAUCCACAUUACAAAUUUUAUUUCUCAUGCUGAGGAAAUUUGUAAUGCAUUUAUACGAGUACGAUACUUUUGCAAUCCAUACAAGCGGAGUCAGCUUAUGCAUGGCAAAUAUUGGUCUGGGUCUGGACGACCUGCAGGGAAGCAGACAUUUGGCAUGCAGUUUUUGCAUCUGCAAGAAAGAUUGGAAUGUGCACAGAGCAUGACAAACUCUGGGACACCAGCUCUUCUAAGCCGGGUCUGCAUGAGAAAUCGACCCACUCCGGGACAGGCAGAAAUCGGAUAAGUAUCUUUUGCUGACUCUCCAACACAGAUUUUCGCCCGUUCCAGAAUCCGCAUUACAAGUUUGCGCCCUUCCAGAGGACCCAGACAUAAUAUUGCAUUGCAUAAAGCUCGACGAUAAGUUGAUCGAGGGACUGUUGCGGGAAUACAGAAUAUUCAAUGCGGAUGUGAUCAUAAGGGAGGACGCUAGUGCAGAGGAUUUUAUCGACGUUUUGGAGGGAAAUCGGAAAUACGUAUUUUACAUUUUUGUUGAAGCUCACCUGAUUUUUACCCCACGAUUUUUUUGUCAUGCGCGGCUAGAUCGAUGAGGAUUCGACUUUCACUUUCUCAUGCCCAUAUGCUGCGUACUGAUACAUAGUACAACACUUCUACGAAACAAAAACUUCUAUCAAAGGUCCGGUGUGUCUAUUGUUACAACAAAAUCGACAUGCUCUCCGUCGAGCAGAUAGAGGCCUUGGCCCGGCUCCCGCACUCGCACGUAAUGAGCUGUAAUUUGAAGCUCAACCUCGACCGACUGAAGGAUAGAAUAUGGGAGGAAUUGAGUAUGGUCCGGGUGUACACGAAAAAGAAGGGGCAAUUUCCGGAAUUCAGCAACCCGCUUGUGAUAACACCACAAAGAGGAACGAAAGAAUGCAAUGUGGAAAACGCGGUAUGAUACAUAGUUUUUGACAAGAUGAGGAGUUCUUUAUCUCCUGUACUAUUUUCAUGAACUCGUUUUUCUAUAUAGAACUGUCGGACAGUGAAGAUGCAAGUAUUUAUCAGGACUACAUCACUGCGUCAGCAUGACGAAGAAGUUGCAGAGCCUCUAAAAACAGCACACCUCUUAUGCAUGAUCAAAAGCACGCUCACGCAUGAAAAUGACAUUGAAAUUGAUAAUCAACGGACCAAACAUCAACUAACGGUACGUACAUUAUCUAUCACAGGUGACUCUCCUGCACAAAGACCUCCUUAACGAUUUCAAGUGCGCGUUAGUAUGGGGAACGUCAGUGAAGUCCAGUCCGGCCACCGCAGUAUCACAUGCAAAUAUGUCAUCUGGGAGCUGGAAACUUGUGAAGUAAGUAGAUGCGGAGUUGAUGUAAAUGACUGGAACAUGUUUAGUUGUGUAGUGGCAGCCAACAAGCAUCAGAAGUUUUUUGCGCGCUCUCUUAAGCCUACGCUGUAUCUAUGAUGUGUCAACUGACACGUCGAGAAGGGGCACUUGUGUCGGUCCUGUUCCAGGAGUGCUAGAUGAAAAGCUGGCAUGACCACGAGCUUCCACUUAUUUUCCAGAUCGCCAGACCUAUUUGCAACUUGCAUAUCCCGGGCUGAAGCACUAUUUGCAGGACGAGGACGUGAUCCAAAUCCAGAAGCUCACCGCGGCGGAAAAGCAGAAGAAAAUGCACGGGAAAAAAACCGGGACCACAGAGGCCGGCACGGGGAAUUUGAUAGACCCGAAAAAAUAUCAAGUGCAAAAGUGUCUGGGUCUGGAAGAGUGCAUGUUUGUCAUGCUCGUCUGGCAUGACUCUUAAAUCUGUCAUGCACGUGACCCAAGAGCUCCAUUUUUCUGUGAUGAUGCAGAAACGCGGUCUCUCAUGCAGAAUAGGCAACACCUAGAAGCUCAGCAACUUGUCAUGCUGAGCCAGCAUUUGUGGCCUCAUCAUGAGACGCCACCCAGCAUCACAAGUUUCCAGACCCAGACAUUUUUACACUUGAUAAAAAACAGCUAGAGAAGAAGCAGAAUAAAACAGGGCCGAGAAGUUGAUGAGCCGUACUGCUGGUGUGAGAAGUUGUUGUAAGUAAGUACUACUGGGAGGUCGGCGUGGUCGAGGUCGUCGGCCUGAGGUGACGAAAUUGGAAAACGAUGAAAUUGUGAACCAUUUUCAUUUUUUCCUGUGUGAUCUUCAUGGACAUUAACCGAGACGACGCAGAGCCGAGCUUCAUCCUUCUGCUGUGAACUAUGUGUAAAAAGUCGUACUAUCAUUGUGUACAUCGUCAACUCACGACGCACCAUGGUCCAGCAUCGCAUGAUUAGGGGCGCGCAACCUCGUCAUGAAGCUUCUGGGUAAAAACAGUAGAGAUGUUGAUACAACUUGAGUAGUUUGAAUCUGUUCUACUUGUGCAGUUCCCUGACGGUCGUGUAAGGAGGUGUCCUCGUGCCAGGAGGUGGUAGCACGUACUACUGGUACAACAGGUUUUAGUGACAGGCACGACUUUGAUGAUGCCAUUUCUAGUUGAAAACUUAUCUGUCG